AUGCUGGUUCCAUGGCAUGUAUUCAAUCAAUAUUGGAUAUUGGAAGUGGGUACGUUACUUUGGAUUUUGGUGACCUUGGGUUCUUAUGGUCUAAUAUUAACUAUUCGUUUUCUUAUCCUACUGAAAAUGCGUGUUUUGGAAUUGUAUUCUGGAAUAGGAGGAAUGCAUUUUGCCUUUCAGAAGUCAACUGUGAAACAUGAAGUGGUUGCCGCUGUAGAGAUAAAUGACGUUGCAACUGAUGUAUAUAAAUACAAUUUCCCCAAUACAUUAACACUUAAUCGUGUUAUCGAGAGUUUUAGUGCAGAUUUUGUGUGUAGUUUGAACACAAACGUUUGGAGUCUCUGUCCACCCUGUCAGCCAUUUACAAGGUUAGGAAAGCGCAUGUGUGAAGCAGAUAACAGAAGCUCUUCAUUUUUUCAUGUUCUUAAUCUAAUAAGCAUUCUGAAACCAGCAGGAAUUAUACUUGAAAACGUAAAGGGCUUUGAACAUUCUGAACCAUGGAGGCAACUGAUAGAAGUGUUAAACAGUUGUGAUUAUGAAUAUCGACAGUUCCUACUUUCUCCCUUGCAAUUUGGUAUACCUAACUGUCGCCUUCGUUUCUAUCUUCUCGCUCGUUUGCGUUCAUCAUCCUGGAAUUCAAGUUUUAAGAUGGGAAAAUCGGAAUCGAUCGAACUGAGACCACCAAUCGAUGCACCCAUUUUGCCCGGUUGCCAAUGUGCUUUUUGUAGCGGUGUUAUCAGUCAUAUACAACGUACAGAUGAUAAUUUUGCUGAAUACAUCCAAUUUUGUCGACCAAUAUCAGAGUUUCUAUUGGUACCAAAUGACAAUACUAAAGAUUUAUAUUUUUUAGAUGAAAAGUGUCUUCAACGGUAUUUCCGUGUACUUGAUAUUGUUAGAUCUUGUGAUAAAAAAACACGCUGUUUUACAAAAGGUUAUUCAAAACGAAUUGAAGGCACAGGAUCUGUGAUUCAAACAUCCAUGGAAAAUGAAACGAGUGAAAAAAUAAACAACUACUAUGAAGCCAAUAAAGAAGAUGAACAAGCUGUGUUACAGUAUGCCAAACUAUUAAAACUUCGUUUUUUUCAUUCUCGUGAAGUAGCCAAUAUGAUGUGUUUUCCAAAGAGUUUUGAUUUUCCAGAACGCAUUACGGAAAAGCAACGUCUUCGUUUGUUGGGUAACAGUGUCAAUGUACUUGUUGUUAGCCAUUUAAUUUACUGGGCUUUUGGCACGUAAUCUUCCUACAAAUCAAUGUACUCCUUAUUGCUUUUAUACUGUGUAAAUAAACAUAGUAUUUUUUU